CACCUGCUAUUGCUUCAUGCCUGAGCAAACAGCCCAGCAGCGGAACAGGCACAUUGGUGCUGGGAAUGUCCAGCGUUGCUGGCAGCUGUAUAUAAGGCACAGAGCUGAUCAACAGCCUGGCAGAGCAGGAGCAUCCUCCCAGCUGGCCAGGAGAUGCUGGCCACCCUCACCCUCCUCCUGGGGCUGCCCCUGGCCCUCGCCUCCGAGCCCCCCACCUGCGCCCCGCUCGUCCCGAUCACCUUCGACAACACCACCAUCCCCAGGGAAUGAGACAUGUGUGAUGAAGAACAGCAGCAAGCUCCAGGUCUUGCAUGAGAACUCCACCCUGGUGCACGUUGAUGAGAACCAGGUGGUUUCCAUGGCCAGAGUGAUCCAAAGCCACGAGGACCUGCUGAUCCUGAACCACAUCAACAUCGACUCCCCAAGUCUGAGCCUCUCAGCACGGACACACAAUGUGAGCAAGGAGCACAUGGAAGAGUUCAAAGCCCACCUGCACUGUCUGGGCCUCACCGAGGAGGACGUGGUCUACACUUCCAUGAAGGAUGCCUGUCCCCCGCCUGCGGAGAAAACAGGUGAAGGUGACGCAGAUCCACAGGUGGAGUAACCCUCAUGGACCAGUUCAGCUGCUCCAUCCUCAUCCUCCUACAGCCAGGCUCAGUGCAGCCUCAGGAGCUCCUAUCCAGGCUUUGUUUUGAUCUCAUGGAUUAAACACCCGGUUUCACUGUUCUCAUCUGGACCCAAAAUAAACCCCUGUGUUACAA